AUGGGUGCCAGGGUUAAGACAGAAGUAAAGCGGAUCAAAAAGAAAAUUUCCUAAUCUCGUCUUUUUUAGCCGAAACGCGUGUCGCCGCACACCGUAGAAAUGAGCCUUUGCGUGAAGGGAGACAAUUCGUACCUGAGGAACAGAAUGACGGAAAAAGGAGUCAAUUUCGCCCGUCUUGCUCGCAAUCCGUUCAAAACCGUCAUGCAGCUGAGCGACAAAGUUGCAACCGAAGCCAAAGCUAUCCGCAUCUUCGAAAACUACCUCGUCAACUUCACAUUCUCGAUGUUCAAAGAUGGAGUGGAGGAGUUCUACGUAUGUCAGGUGCGUUGAAUGGUCAUCGUUAAAAGUGUCACCCCCAGUGCGCAUUUUCGAAAUGUUGUCGAAACGGCACACUGGUCACCCUCACUAGUUAAAUUAAAACUUUCUGACUUUUCAGCGUGAAUACAAACUGUUCGAGUCGAGAGAAGAGAACAUCGUUCCGGCGGAGAAUGGUCAGGCAGCUCCACCGGUCGACGGAGCUGCUCGCGUCAACAGACGUUUCCCAAAAAAACCGAUCAAGGUAAACAGAAUAAAAUUACCAUUUAGUGCGCUCGCGCCAGGACGAUAUACUUUUAUGUGGGAUAGAGCGCGAUAGAUAACUAGCCUCAUGAGAUUUGAAUUUUAGAACUACGCAACUCAUCCGCACUGCGUCAUCACUCACUCGAGCCUUGUGAAAAGCGAACUCCGCCAGCAGAUGAUGGAGAAUGGGCUAAAGGGCCGUCGUCUCGCUCUGAACCCGACAAACACUGACCACCUCGAGCCAUGUACCGCUUUCCUCCAAUAUGUAGGUUUCUAAGGAGAUUGCACACGUACAGAAAUAUUUAAGGUGAUCCUUGCGAUAAACGAUGAGAAAGUGCGCAAACGCUUCAAACGCUUCGAGUUGGACUGUGACCUGAUCCCAUAUUCGGGCUCUCGCGGACCAGUGCAAGAUUGCGGGUGCAUCGUCCGCAAGAGUCGCCUUGCCGGACAGUGGCGCAAAGAGCUCAUCAAAUCGGGAUUGUCGCUGCGUCAUCUGUCUGUGCAGAAGAAGUCGUUCGACGCUAUCAAAAAGUGCGAGCAGAUCGCUAUGAACGUCAUGAGAGAGCCCACUCUCGCUAAGUGGUACAGAUGGAACUUCCAUGCGCCGACCACCAACAAAGUCGAGAUGAUAGUGACGAGAAUGGCCCACAUGUACAUGACCACUAAGAACAACAACAAUCUGCCCGUAGAGGCCAAAGUCGACUCUGUUCGCAAUGAAAUCGCACUGUUGAUCGUUGAGAUCUUCGAAAAGUGAGUUACAUUAGUUAAUUUUUAAAACUUUCUCCUAUUUGUUUCAGGCAAGAUUAUGUCUGCAGUCUCCUCAGAAGAUUGACUCUGUAA